CAUUCAUUUUUCCACCCACUAAUUUGACAGUGUCUUUGUUGCAAUACUAGUACGCACUGGUACGUAGGUGAUUUGUAUGUGUGUUCCAUCUGUCACCGUCUAGCACACACUGAACCUGUAUCACAUGAUCAAAAAUUUUUUUAUUAAAAGAUUUGUGUCUAAACGUAUGUUAUCUCCAACACCCACAAAAUUACAAUUGGAAAAUUUUUUAACCUGAAACAUUUAUAAAUUAUUUAUAAAAAAAAAUUUUUUUAUCAUCAAUUCAAAUUUAAAAUGAAGCUAUAAAGCUGCACAUUUAAAUCAGUAAUUAAUUUUGAAUGUUCCAAAGUGGAAUCGAGGAUUAUCAAGAGCAUACGACGUUAGAAAUGAUCAAGGAAACGAUAUGGAGAAGUUCCCAUUGAAAGGUACAUCGACACUGAGUAGUUUUACUCAUAAUACUGCGGCUUCUUCAGGUGUUUCUGGUACGACAUACAACUCUGUAUCAGCUGCCAAGACGACGAAUGGUCUUGAUGGUAACGGUGAUGCGAGAUUGAGAAGCAGUGUUUUAAAUCGUGCUGGAAGUUUGAGCAGCGAAGACGAUAUGGGUGAUCAGAGUCAUCAAGUCAGCUCCAAUACUGGGAACAACGCCUACUUAGAACGUAGUCUGCGUCUAGAUGAUGCAUCAUCACACUUCUCGGCAGAAUCUGAUGACAUACCAGGAAUCGGCCAGUAUGAAGAUUUCCAUACGAUUGAUUGGCAGCGAGAUAUCGCGCGAGAUCGGAUGCGACAUCGGUACAUCGUCAAGAAGAAACAUGACUCGAUUUGGGACCUAGUGAAAGGAGCACACGACGCAUGGUCCGGGUGGCUGUGCGUUCUCUUGGUCGGAUUGUUCACUGGAGUUGCUGCUGGUGUCAUUGAUAUUGGAGCUUCUUGGAUGACAGACCUAAAAUUUGGUAUUUGUCCCGGCGCCUUUUGGCUAAACAAAGAACAAUGUUGCUGGAGUUACAGUGAUUCGAUAUUUGAUGAUGGAAACUGCUCCCAGUGGAUGGAGUGGUCGGAAAUAUUUGGCCAAUCAAAAGAAGGUGCAGGACACUAUAUUAUUUCUUAUUUCUUUUAUAUAGCGUGGGCUUUGCUAUUUGCAUCACUCUCGGCAUCACUUGUUAGGAUGUUCGCUCCAUAUGCAUGCGGUUCUGGUAUUCCAGAGAUAAAAACAAUUCUAAGCGGUUUUAUUAUCCGAGGAUACCUGGGCAAGUGGACACUGAUAAUAAAGUCUGUUGGUCUAAUACUCUCAGUGUCCGCUGGAUUGAGUCUGGGUAAAGAAGGCCCGAUGGUACAUAUCGCAUGCUGUAUAGGAAAUAUAUUUUCUUACUUAUUUCCAAAGUACGGAAGAAACGAAGCUAAGAAAAGAGAAAUUUUGUCUGCCGCCGCAGCAGCUGGUGUUUCUGUCGCUUUCGGAGCACCUAUUGGUGGUGUGCUUUUCAGUCUCGAAGAAGUCAGUUAUUAUUUUCCUCUAAAAACAUUAUGGCGGUCAUUCUUUUGUGCCUUGAUAGCAGCUUUUGUAUUGCGUUCAAUAAAUCCAUUUGGCAAUGAACACUCUGUAUUAUUUUAUGUCGAGUACAGCAAACCCUGGAUAUUUUUCGAAUUGAUACCAUUCGUGAUGCUUGGAGUUAUUGGAGGGGUAAUUGCGACACUAUUUAUAAAAGCUAAUUUAUUCUGGUGCCGCUAUCGAAAAACAUCAAAACUUGGUCAAUAUCCAGUGACGGAAGUGUUAGUUGUCACUGUAAUAACAGCAGUGAUUGCAUUUCCAAAUCCGUAUACAAAAAUGAGUACCAGUCAACUGAUAUACUUAUUGUUCAGAAAAUGCGGAGUGUCAAAUAGCGACAUGCUGUGUGACUAUCAGCGUAAUUUUACAAAUUUCAAUUCCACAAUCGAAACUGCCGGAGCUGAGCCAGGGGUUUACAAAGCCGUGUGGUUUUUAGUUCUCACAUUGAUAAUGAAACUAGUCAUGACAAUAUUUACGUUCGGUAUUAAAGUACCAUGUGGUUUAUUUAUACCGUCAUUGUGUCUUGGUGCGAUUGUUGGACGUAUUGUUGGAAUAGGAAUGGAACAGCUCGCUUAUAAUUAUCCACAUAUUUGGAUGUUUAGCGAAGAGUGCACUAUCGGCACUGAUUGUAUAACACCUGGUUUGUAUGCUAUGGUUGGUGCAGCAGCUGUACUAGGGGGUGUUACACGUAUGACAGUGUCUCUUGUUGUAAUAAUGUUUGAAUUGACCGGCGGAGUAAGAUAUAUUGUUCCACUAAUGGCAGCUGCUAUGGCCAGUAAAUGGGUCGGCGAUGCACUCGGUAAACAGGGAAUAUAUGACGCACAUAUUGGACUAAAUGGGUAUCCGUUUUUGGAUAGCAAAGAAGAAUUUCAGCACACGACACUUGCCGCUGAUGUUAUGCAGCCAAAGCGUAAUGAAACAUUGCAUGUACUAACUCAAGAUUCAAUGACAGUUGAAGAUGUAGAGAAUCUUUUGAAAGAAACAGAGCACAACGGAUUUCCGGUGAUAGUGUCUAAAGAAUCCCAGUAUCUUGUAGGUUUUGUUUUGCGACGUGAUUUAAAUUUAGCUAUUGCUAAUGCGAAAAAAAUAAUGGACGGCAUCACAAGACAGUCAUUAGUUAUAUUUACUAGUGGUAAUAAUUUACCAGUCCAUACGUCAACGCCAUUAAAAUUAAAGAAAAUACUGGACAUGGCUCCGAUUACUAUUACUGAUCAAACUCCAAUGGAAACAGUUGUCGAUAUGUUCAGAAAAUUGGGCUUACGUCAAACACUCGUCACUCACAACGGGCGACUGUUGGGAGUGAUUACGAAAAAAGAUGUUUUGCGACACGUCAAACAACUAGAUGAUGAAGAUCCUAAUUCAGUUUUAUUUAAUUGAAAAUAAUCAUAACUUCAUCUACUCAUUAUUUUGCAUGUAAAGAAAUUUUUUUCGAAAAAUCUAUUUUUUUUACUUCAUUACAUCACACUUCCGGGAACGCAUUACUUCCGUAUAUUAUUUCAUUUUUUAUAUUUAUUUAUCGAUCAAGUUCAUUGUCUAUCGAUCAACAAUUAAAUAUAUGUAGCAAUGAUAUUAAUUAAUUAAUUAAUUACUCUCAAUUUAUUUGAAUAGUAUUUUACAGUAAUUAACAUUAAAGCGAUCACGACACUUAAAAUUCAUACUUUAAAAUGCUUUGAUCUGAAAAAUCAAUUUCGUCCGAUAUAAAAUAACUAAUUAGACUUCAUUAAUAAUUAUAAUUAUAUACAAACAUUAUAUAGUAAUUAAAGUGUGUGUACAGAUGCACUGACAAAUUAGAAUGAACAAAAAUUUUUUCUUCAUUAUUCAUGUUAUAUUAAUUAUAAAUAAGUAAAUAUCAAUUGCAUACUAUAUU